GAGAUAGAGGUGUAGCCUGAGCACACUUCCUGGAUGCUUGAGUAAUCGCUUUGUCGUCGGAAUCUUGUACGUUGCAAGCUUCCAAUAACAGGAUAUUUUCACGUAUCUGCUUCUCAUUGGCUGGUCGAGCGAGUCGACAACAACAAUACAACCACCCAUCUGGCAUGCGGGCGCGGUGAUCAUUCUGCCGAGAGCCCGUUAUAACGCGCUAUACGUCACCAGAUACACUUCGAACAGCUCCCAACAGAGACGAUUUUAUUUUCUUAAAAAGAGUGAUCGUUAAACGCUUGAAGAUGAACGGAGACUGCGUGGACGCGCGGCGCCAGGACACAACAGAUGCUGGUAAGGAUGGGGCAUCAGGAGCGCAGCCCAUGCAGGUUGAUGCUAAGGCUCAGUCGCAUGCCUUCAGAUACAGUCUGAACUACCCCAGCAUUGGCCACUGCAUCAUCAUCAAUAACAAGAACUUUGAUCGCAGGACAGGCAUGAACCAACGGAACGGUACUGAUGUAGAUGCAGGAAAUGUAAUGAAUAUGUUUCGGAAGCUAGGAUACACUGUGAAAGUCUACAAUGAUCAGACAGUUGCACAGAUUAUGCAGGUUUUAACAGCAGUGGCCCAUGACGACCACAGCCGCUGUGCUUCGUUAGUGUGUGUAAUGCUCAGUCAUGGAGAUGAGGGAAUGUUUUACGGCACUGAUACUUAUGUGGAGCUCAAGACCUUAACUAGCCUUUUCAGAGGAGACCGCUGCCCAUCACUAGUGGGAAAGCCUAAACUUUUCUUCAUACAGGCUUGUAGAGGUACAGAACUGGAUCCUGGUGUGGAGGCUGACGGCUCCGAUAAUUCUAUGAGGAUUCCUGUGGAGGCAGACUUCCUCUAUGCGUACUCUACGGCACCAGGUUACUACUCCUGGAGAAACACCAUGACCGGUUCUUGGUUCAUUCAGUCCCUUUGUGAAAUGAUGGCAAAGUAUGGCAAAGCACUAGAGCUCAUGCAGAUCAUGACCAGGGUCAACCAUAAAGUGGCACUCGACUUUGAGUCAACCUCCAACCAGCCUGGCUUUGACGCGAAGAAACAAAUCCCCUGCAUUGUCUCGAUGCUCACCAAAGAGAUGUACUUCACUGCUUGAAGGGACAAGGGAACUAUUAGAGCUUCUCCAGCUCUUCUGUAAAUACCACAGCUAUAGGAUAUAGAUUUGGGUUUGAGUUUAAGACCCUUUUUUCACAGAAGCAUUAGCUGGUCAUACUCCGUUUGGAAUUUCUCUGUCUCAGGACUGGUGUUGUGGUUCUUAUUGGGAUUUAAAAUACUGUAUGUGAAAGCAGGUACUCAGGUUUUUGUUCACCUUGUGACUAUAUAGCAUUUUGCCUCUGGUUUUCUAAUUAAAAUCUUCUAAUGAACAAUCACCAGUGGCAGGAGAGGUUGGGAUUUUUUAAAUUACAGUAAUCAGGGACUUUAAUAGGCUAUUGCACUAGUUUGACCGUUGAAAUGGGAAUCGUAGUUGGGCAUUAAAUUGGUGAGAUCAUCUUAAUUGAAGCAAAGCCAGUGUGCUAAUUUAACGUGAAAAGCAAAGAACAACAAUCAGAACUAUUCCCAAGUGCCUGUCACUGAACCAUGUGAACAGAUUUUGGUGCAACUUCUGAAAUGUCAUGUACAGGUUUCCAUUAGGACACAAAGCAUUUUUUACUGUAUCGGUGACAUCUAGUCCAUUCCUACAGAAAAAAAAAAAACACUUAUGAAGCUAUGACUUUACGUUGAUGUCUUAGGGGGUAAACAACCAAAAACUGGACUGGACUUAUCUGGACUGCUCUUCAAGAUGAUUAUGUAUAGCAUUGAUAGCAUUAGUCAGCUGAGAAAAAUCACACAGAAUUCUUUCAGUUGAGGUCAUGCAUGCAUUGUGUGUGUGAGAUGUUCCUAAUGUAUGCAUA